CCCCAUCGUCGACAAUCGCCCAGCCGGAGAAAGACCGAUUUCCGGAUCCGCGAGCGACCUUGACCGACUCCCCGGUCGGUCUCUCCUCUGGCUCCCCUCGAUCUGAGAGACGAUCGAAGAGACGAUCUCCCUAAGGGUUGAGUGAUACUGUGUGCAACGGCUAAUACAGUGGGGUAGCCGGUACUCUUCGUGUGACGUACUCGGAAGCUUUGUUGUGCUAUUCGGUUUCCCGUUGAGAAUCUUAGCCAGUAAUUCGCAGGGCGGCUCGCCUAAGGCUCAUCCCGCGGCCAUCUCCGCAUAUCCGAAACUCGAAAAACGCACGCCAACCGAGAAUCGUGUGAGAACUGUUCAUCUUUCUCGCCAAUCGCCGGUCGCGAAGUGUCUCUCCUCUGCAGCCAGCUCGUGGAAAAGACGCGCGCGAUUCCUUAACGGUUGAUUCGCUGUCGCCAGACACCGUAUCGCGUUUUUAUAUACAAUAUUGUGCCCCGACGCGAGUAGCAUUCCGACGAGCACACGUGUCACCCGUGACGGAUAACGUAAGCGAGUCAUCGUGCAGUUAUCACCGUCACUGGCGACGUCUUCGGUAUCUUCGGCGAUCCUGGAUGAUACACACGGCGCUCCAACUUAAUCGCGCUCCCUUUGACCCGCGGAUCUUUAAUUCUAUAUCCUCUUGCUGUUGCAGAGCCAUGAGACUAGUGGCAGUGCUGACGUUGCUGUGCUGUCUGGCGAUAGGGGCACUCACCUCGCCGGUGCCCAAGAUCGCUGACGGCACGGUGUCGAGUCAAAGUGUCAUCGCGAAGGGCAGGCAAGCACCCGCGGCGCCUGCUGCCCCUGCCGCUGCCGAUGACGACGAUGACGACGACGACGACGAUGAUGACGACGUCGAUCUAGAUAUCACCGGUGAUGAUGAUGAUGAUGAUGACGAUGACGACGAUGACGACGAUGACGACGAUGAUGAUGGCGAUUACCUGGAACGUUUCAUUGAAGAUAUACUUGGAGGAGAGGACGACGACGACGAUGACGAGGAUGAACCCGCUCCGGCUGCGGCCGUGCCUGUCGCCCCUGCAGCUCCACCGGCUCCGGCCGCUUCGCCGCAGGUACCGCUCAAUGUGGCGGCCGAUCUAAACCAGGCUGCCGUCGAGGAAGCUGCGGAAGACGCUGGGGCUAUAGGCGAAGCUGCUGGUUCGGAGGAUGAUUCCGCCAGUUACGAGGAUGAGGAAACGACCGAUGGUAUUGCCGAAGGCCAAGCUGCAUCCAACGUACACGAGUCAACGCUCGAAGGUGCCGAGUCCAUCGCGAAUCCGGUGUCAGUCAACGCUCUCGGGGCGCCGGCGUCGCCCGUCGGCGUCGUAGCGCCCGCUCCGGCCUCAACGAGCGACGAGGAUGACGACGAUGACGAUGACGACGACGACGACGUAGAUCUGGACAUCACGGAGGAGGACGACGACGACGACGAUGACGACGACGACGACGACGACGACGACGACGACGAUGACGACGAUGAGGUGGACGACAUCGCCAACAUCGCCAGCGCUAGGCACGCACGUGAGUUCAAGGGCAAGACCAAGAAACAUAGCGCCAAGCACGCCCGUGCUAUGGAAUCCGAACCAAGCGCUCACGUGCCAGCGAUUUACGUAGCGAAGUACAAUCGUUUUGUCGAUAAUAUCCUCGGUAAAAUCAACAACAUCCUACGCGCAAAUUACGAGCCGGUCACCGUGAAACUGACAAAUCUGAAUACGAACUCCAAGUCGAACAAGAACAAGAGUAAAGCCAAGAGAAAGGGUAACAAAACUGGUGUUAAGAAGAGUGCUUCGAGGCCGAUUGACGCUGUCACUGAGAGAAGCGACAAAGACAACAAAGUCGAGAAAGUAACGCAGAUCACUGAGCUUAUAACGCAGGCAACCGAAAAAGAUCCGAUCACGCUGGUCGCAGUCGAAUCUCCCACGGAGGCGAGCGUAAGAUCUAGCAACAGACACACGUCCAACAACAAAAAUUCCAACAAGAACAAUCGCAAGCGAACGAAGAAUAGAACGAAAGUCCAAAAUGGCAGCUCAGGAAGCAGCAACAAGAACAAGACGAAGUCCAAGAGCAAACCGAAAGCGAGGGCCACACUGUACGGACUGGCAUCCCUACAGAGAACGGGCGACGUGUCAGUAAAUAUGAUGAGCGAUCACACGACGAUCAAGACGAAGUUUAGCUUAGGGCCGUUGGUACUGAAGGUAGAGAAGGAGUUUGGCCGGGCAGCGAAGAAGGAGUUGAGGAGUGCGACUGCUACCACUGCCGAGAUGUCCGGCAAAUUGAGCCUGCGCGUGUUACACGGCGGUGCAGCGACACUACAUUCUAUUCGAGUUUUGCAACCUAAACAGGUGCGAGUGGAGAGCCAGGACGACCACGAUAGAACGCGGGAGUUUGUUUGGAAGAGGUCGUCGCACAUCGCGCAUUUGGUGUCGCAGAAGCUUUCCUCAGCCACCAGGUCGAUGCUUCGGCCGCCGCCUGCCGCACCUGCCGCUUAAAUUGCUCCUGCCGCCUCUUGGUCCAACUGAAACCGCCGAUCGUAAUCAAAGUAUCACGAGGAUCGAAGGCGCGUAACGCGACGCGUAUGGUCGCCCGAUCGUUUUAUGGUACUGUUUGUCAUGGUGGAUUGCGAAAGCCGCGCGCACGAAGACUUUCGGCGGAUGUAACUGGAUUCGCAUUAAUAAACGGUGCGCGUCGAUCGCCUCUUCUCGCGCUUGAGAUAACGCGAACGAGAGGCAACGCACUCGCGAGAGAAAGUAACGUCUAAAAGAGAUAUGCACCGUGUCCGACUUCCACUGUGCGUUAUCUUUUAAAUUCGGAGCAGAUUUUUUUCCCGACAGAAAUAUCAAGACAGACAUCUAUGGUUUCCAGGCGAUUAACGAAUGAGAAAUCAAAUUUUAUUAUAAAGAAUUGAUGCCGGAAUUAUAAUCUUUGUUUAAUUUCAAAUGAAAUUCAUGUCAAUAGAAUCUUAAGAUUUUGAAAAUAUGUUACGUUAAAUGAUCUUCUCCAUUGAUAUUUUUGCUAAGGAGAAAAUUGACUCCGAAUCGCUCGAAAUAUCUGCCGUUCAAAACUAACACGAUAAAUUGCAUUACGGGUUUCACAUUGGGCCAAUCUCGGGCAAUUGUACUUUAUUUAUUAAUUAUUUAUUUAUUUAUUUGUCAUAUAGUUUGUAACUCGCCUUCAGAAAGUCUGAUAUACAUGUAUUCUACGAAAUGCGAUUAAAUCGAAAUAUAUAGACGUGAGCCAUGACAUUAUACAACUUAGAUUGUCUACCUAGACAGAUGUAAACGGAAAUCUGUUAAAAGAAAUAUUAGAAUAUAGAAUGCAUACGCGAG